CCUCCCAAGCAGCGAACAGAGAGAAGGAAAGACAACAACCGCCAUUAACCACCGACCUCGAAGCUCCGUCAAGGAUAUGACUCCUCCUUCUGACCAUGGCUUCUCUUCUUCACCUGCUUCCAGUAAACCACCUGCAUUUCGAAAAUUCUCACCCUCAGGAGAAGCUGAUGAGAAUGAUCCAAACCAUGGAGAAAUGGCGCCAAAGAAGUCACUAAUGAAGCACUUCAUGUCCCCCACCAUAUCUGCAGCUUCCAAGGCUGCUGUUCCAAGAAAGAAAAUCUUGGCCGAGAGAAAUGAAGCCUCCAAUUUUUCAGGCUCGCAGCUUCAUUACUCCCCUGAUCUUGAUUCAAGAACUCUUCCUUCUGAUUCUUCGUCUAAGCCUUACGAUCCCUUGACAAAUUACCUCUCGCCGAGGCCCAAAUUCCUCCGGUACAAUCCGAGCCGGCGCCACGAGAUCUUCCUGCGCCAAGAAGAUGAAGAAAAAGAUGGGUUUGGUGUCAACACAACUGUUUCUUUUGAUUCCCAUGGAGCUGUUGUUCAAGAUAUUUUACCGGAUGAGGCAGACAGCUCCUGGGUCUUGGCUUCUCAAGAAGAAGAUUCGAUGAAACAAGAAGAUGAAAUUAGUGGUGAAGAUGAUGUUUCUGAUUCUGAUGAGGAAAUUGAGGAGUUGGAGGAGGAGGAGGAGGAGGAGAAGCACUCGAUUUUCAAGGGGUUGAUGAAACUUCUCUUGGUAAUUGGCAUCUUGUUCACAUCUACGCUUCACAUAUCUUUCAUGAACUCUCCUUCUUCGCCUGGGCUAAAAGCUGUCCAGGAUCAAAACCAUACCUUCGACGUGAUUUGCAGAGGUAGAAGUGGAUCUUACAUUCGGAAAGAAUGGAUUCAAGAAGUGACAGUUGAAGAUGUUUAUGAUCAUCAUCAAAUGGGUGAAGCCAAGGAGGUCGUUGAGCAGUUUCUAGGAGCGGAAACUGGGAAAUUCGAAGAUGAUGAUGGUGAUCAUCCAGGAAUGGAAGAAUCUGGAGAAAUAAAAAAUGUUGUUGAUCACAGCUUGGAGAAAACAGGGGCAGAUUCUGAUCCGUUUAAAGGGAUUGAAUACGAGAAGGAUGCCACUAUAGAGACUGGGAAAUUUGAGGAUAAUGAUGAUGCAGAAAAUGGAGAAAUUGAAUAUGUUGACGAUCACAGCUUGGCGGAAUCAGGGUUGGAUUCUGAUCAGCUCAAGGGGGUGGAAACUUCUCAUUCUGAUCGUUCUUCUGAAGAAGAAAACGAGGCCAACGGUUUUUCAAGCUUCAAAGAUGAAGCAACCAAAGAUGAGGAUGGAGUUGAAACAAUGGAGUUGGACAUCGAGAACACAGAAUUUUGCAAGAUGAGUUCAGACCCAUCGUUUGAUGAUAGAUUCUUAGUAGUUUCCAUGAUCAUUGCAGCUGCUUCAGCCUUGGGAUUUCUUUUCUGUCGCAAGAAGCAUUCCGUAUCAACCAGAAAUCCUCCUCCGAAAUCUUCGGAAGCAGAGAAAAUCAUCUCUGAAGAGCCAGUUCUUCCCAAUGUGGAAGAACUAAUCGAGAAAGUUGAGUCUUUCGUGAAGCCACCGCGUCCUAUUCGCCGCCCAACAGAAGAAGAAGAUUCAGGGGACUUUAACCAGACCGGAGCGCCGGCCGUGGAGUUGAUUGGGGAAUUUGUGGUUGAAAAGGUCAGUGAGAGAGUCAAGAGGAUGAAGAUUGAAGAGAGCCAGGAUUCCGUGUCUCGUGAGAAGGGGUGGCGGCGGAGCAACGAAGCAGCAGCUGAUGCGGCGGUUUCCGGUCAAGCCCAGCUCUCUGUAUCGGAGUUGUCAGCCGUGAAGUCUUCUUCUUCUCCUCCUUCUGCUUCAUAUGGAAGCUUCAUUGCUGGAAAGGAGAUUGUGAAGAAGAAGGAAGAUGGAGAAGCAAGGACGGCGGUCAGAACGCCGGUGAGGCGAUCGAGCCGGAUCUCCAACCGGGCAGUGUUGUCUCCAUGAAUGAUCCCUUCAUCUUCAUCUUCAUCAUCUCCAUGAAACCAUGCACAGAGAAUGUAUUCAUUCUCUCUGUUGUUUCAACUUCCAUCCAUCCUUGUUAAUUCAGCCUCUUUUCCGCUGAAAAUUGGCCGAGGCUCUGUGUUCACUGUGUGUGUGUUUCCGAUCGAUCAUAGUAUUUUCAUCUCUGUGUUUAAUUAAUUUGUUGGAACUGGUUUUUACUUUGAUGAAAGAUGCAGCCUUUUCUGUAUCCAUUUCUUAUCCAUGAUCAGU